AUGGUCCUUCCUGCUCCGGCAACCGAGCCAUCUUCAUUUUUAUUGGCACCAUCAGAAGUUACAAGAUGGAAAACUACCAAAACUGCUCUUGAACAAUUAAAGAAUGAUUUCUCGCCUUCUGCUUCUUCCAAAGGACACGAGUCUGAUUUGUGGAUUUCAUCGGGUGAUGCACUUGCUGCUCUUCUUGGCGGUGUCAUUACACGUGCUCGCGAAAAUGCAAAUGUGGCAAGAUUGCAAGGAAGAUCUAGUAUGGAGUCACAAAUUGAGACAUUUGCGAUGGCCGCUGAUGGUCGAGACAGAGCUCCUCAAGGAAACAUGUCCGAUGGACGAUACUUUGGAAACUUCAACCCCCUUUUCAAUACCACCGUUUCUCGCCCCGAUUUAUUAUCCCUCACUUGUGAGUCAGCUUCUCGUGUCGCUCUGGCGGUUAGAAACGCUGUGAACCUUCAACUUUCACCAGAAGCCCUUGCCCACAAGAUUUCGUUUAUGGAAGCUCCCCAAAACACCAAACCUCCUGGUCGUAUUGAUUGGACAGCAGAUGUAAUAAUGACCAAUUGGUGUCGAUUUGAUUUACAAGGUCCAAAACUAGAUUUUGGUUGGGGAAAACCUUUUUAUGCAACGGCCGGUGAUGGUACUACUUAUCCACCUGGAUACAUCAUGUUGACGCAGGAGAAGAGUUCCGGAGAUGUUUUUGUUAUAAUGUCAGUGGAACGGAAAGGUGCGAAUGGGGUGAAAGCUGACUCAUUGUUGAACAAGUAUGCAGAACUGGUCACACUUCCUUAA